UAAAUAAAUAAAUGUCGAUCUAUAUUCUAAAUCUAUAUUUAUUUGCCUAGUGUUAAGGUGCCUAUUUCCUAAACACCGGAGUCUAUACUAGAUCAAGAUCUGGACCUAUAUAUAUUGACUCAAGUUCUUGUUGCACGUAUUGAAUUUUGAUAUAAUUGUACUUUUUUGGGGGUUCCCACUCAAGAUCCAGAUAUUUGGGACACUCGUGUUGUUUACAGACGGGCGUGUACUUUUGGUGCAUCAUUCAUUUAAGUGAACUAAACAGCUGACAGGACGAUGUGUUAGGCUUUAAUUUCGUUUUCUUACAAAUAGACAUUGUGUUGGGCGUGUUCUUGAAAACGUCAAACUGAAAAACAAAAGCCCCUACUGAUUAGCUGCAGGUUCUGGCGAGCUUCACACACACCAUGGAUGACGGCUAUGAAGGAGUCCCCUUGUCCCCCGAAGCUGUCGGGCCCAUCGGAUUUGAAAUGCAGAUUAUGGAUGAAGGUGUAACUCCUAGCAACGACCCAAUGGAGACAGAAGCACCUCUCCCGCCUCCACCACCCCCUUUACCACCCAUUGGAUUUGAAAGCCAUGUUCCUGUCCCUCCACCAGUCGUCACCCCUGUCCGUAUAUCUGGCAGUUUCAAUAAAGGUUUUCAAAAUGAGCAGACGAAUAUACCAGGGAAAGACAACGCUGAAAAAAAUGUUUCAGUUUUAUCUAUCAAGCCACUCCAGCACCCAGAAAUAGAGACUGACCUUCCACUACCACCACCAUCAUCGGAUGCCAUGUAUGUAAAUAUUCAACAGGAACCAGAACAUCACGAAAAGGAGCAUUGUUUCAAUUGUGAUGAUGAUGAUGAAAUAUUACUGUGGUCUAAAGACAAAAGAGAUAAGUUGUAUCAGAAAGUUACUCAUGAGGAGGAAAACACGUCCCUGUUCAUGGAUGAUGGAAAGAGAAGAGUGGAUUAUGUUCUAGUUUACCUUGUGGAUACUGAUGAGGAGAAUGAAAAUCAAAAGAAAACAUGGAGAGAAAACUUCCAGAGAAGUUUAGAAAAAGAAGGUUUAGAAUUGGAAGUCACAGCCAUGAAGUCUAAAGUAAAACCAGUGGUUCCAAUAAACAAAUUACUCAAGUGCUGUCGUUCCUCUCAGAGAGGUCAAGACAAGAAGACUUAUUAUGUUAAAGUUCAUGCCCCAUGGGAAGUGCUGACCAAGUAUGCCGAACUCACUAACAUGAAAAUGCCUUUAGCUAAAAAUGACAUGAUUGAGCAUUUUCAAAGCUGCUGGUCAAAGUGCCCCUCACCAUUUGAUAUAGAUAAAGAAAUAUUGCCAGAGAUACCAGACUAUUUCACAGCUCCAUUCACACGCAGCAGGAUAAAUCAGUUUAUUAUGCAAGAUAAAGAAACAUUUUUUUCCCCUGCACAAAGAAGCUUAUUGACUUAUCAAAUCUUACUAAGAGCUGUGUUUGAAGAUGUUGGUGAUCCAGCAAGAAAUAAAUUUGGCAUCAAGAAUAUGCUGAGCAAUAAAUCUUAUGAAGCAGCUUUUCCUUUGCAUGAGGGGGAGUAUAAAAGUGAACACUCUCUUUUGACGGAGGGACCAAGGAACCAACGUCACCUUUUGUAUGAAACAUGGGCAAAGCCAGGAGCUUGGUACAAAUUCCAACCAUUAGAUCAUAUUAGAUUGUACUUUGGUGAGAAGAUCGCUAUUUAUUUUACAUGGCUGGGUUAUUAUACUGGCUUGCUCAUUCCAGCUGGUCUUGUUGGUUUGGCCAUUUUUAUUUAUGGAUGUGCCAGAAUGCCUUUUCAUGAGGCCAGCAAUGAAAUCUGUUCAGAUUCAGCCCCUGGAAACUACACAAUGUGCCCCCUGUGUGAUGAACAUUGUGACUACUGGCAGCUUAAAAGUUCUUGUAUCUACUCCCGUGUGACUUAUUUAUUUGACAAUGAGGCCACUGUUGCCUUUGCUGCAUUCAUGGCACUUUGGUCCACAGUGUUUCAUGAAAUGUGGAAAAGAAGAGCAGCAGAAAUAGAAUAUGACUGGGAUGUGGCUGAUUUUGAACAAGAAGAAACUAUCAGACCAGAGUAUGAAGCAUCUGUGCGUCGCAGAAGAAUUAAUCCUGUCACCAAGAAUGGACCAGUUGAAGAGCCUUACUUAAGUUUCACUUCCAAAUUGUGUCGUGUUACUUCUUCACUCUGGGUUGUUUUGUUUAUGCUUUGUGUGGUUGUAGCUGCUGUUUUUGGUGUCAUUGUUUACCGCAUGACAGUGAGAGCGCUCCUCUAUGCUGUAGGUGAAAACAUUAUAAGACAAAGGGCUGGGAUCAUAACAUCAGUCACAGCAUCAGUUAUUAACCUGAUUAUCAUCAUUCUGCUUGGCAAAGUUUAUCAGUUCAUAGCUCAGAUGCUGACCAACUUUGAAACACACAGAACUCUGACAGAGUGGGAAGACAGUUUCACCCUGAAGAUGUUUCUUUUCCAAUUUGUCAACCAUUUUGCUUCUCUAUUUUACAUUGCCUUUUUUAAAGGAAAACUUGUUGGGCGUCCAGGUCUGUACAACAGACAGAUCAAUGACUCCAGGCAAGAAGAGUGUGAUCCAUCUGGAUGUUUCAUAGAGCUUUGUAUCCAGUUAGGAAUCAUCAUGGUCGGAAAACAGACAUUUAACAAUUCUAAAGAAGUUGUCCUUCCGAAAUUGUUAAACUGGAUUAAGUCUCGCAAAAUCAAUAAGGCUGAAGAGAAAAAGCAUGAGAAAGUCUCCCAGUGGGAAAAAGAUUAUGCAAUGGAUAGCAUGCCAGAACUUGGUUUGUUUGAUGAAUACUUGGAAAUGGUGAUACAAUACGGUUUUGUGACAAUAUUUGUAGCAGCUUUUCCUUUGGCUCCAUUAUUUGCUCUUCUGAACAACAUCAUUGAGAUACGAUUGGAUGCUUACAAAUUUGUGACUCAGUGGAGACGACCUCUGGGAAUGAGAGCCCAGGAUAUUGGAAUAUGGUUUGGAAUAUUGCAAGGAAUAUCCAAGGUGGCUGUUAUGUCAAAUGCAAUUAUAAUCGCUUUCACCUCAGAAUUUGUGCCUAAAUUGGUGUACCAGUAUAGCUAUAGUAAAAAUAGUGAUAUCAAUGGCUAUAUUAACUUCAGCUUGUCAGUAUUCAAUGUCUCUCUAUUUGAACCUAAAAGUAUCCCUAAAGUAAAAAACAUAGAAUUAUUUGGAAAUGUUACCGAAUGCAGGUAUCGAGAUUUUAGAGCCCCAACAGAGCCUUAUGAUUACACUUUAGAACACUGGCAUAUUCUAACAGCAAGAUUAGCAUUUGUACUUGUUUUUGUGAUAUGCAUUUGGCUUUUGUCAUGGCUUAUCAGCUACAUCGUACCUGACAUUCCAAAAGCUGUCAAACUACAGAUUUUGAGAGAGAAAUACCUAGCCAGAGAGUCAGCGUUGGAAUCUGAACUCUUGAAAAAUAAAAGCCAUCAUAAUGGAAUGGAGGGCAAAAGUCACUCCUCUGAUCCACAUUCUACUGUUAAUGGUGUUAGAGAAAGACAUGUUGAUAAAACAACUCCACUUUAUUAAAUGACUACUUAUUGUAUGGCAAUGGGGUAAACAAUAUUCAUUUAGUCUGUAACAUAUAACAAUGUUAAAUAUUAGACCAAACUUUUCUGUUACAGCAUCUUCAGCUUUAAUUUGAUGUCAGCUCUUUUUAUAUUCAUUACAAUGUCAUUUACUUGUUGACAUAGUUUUGUACAAGAAAUGUGUUCUAUUAGCUUUAUCGACUUUAAAUAUAACUAUUUUUUUUUUUUUUUUGAAUUCAUCCCAUUUGAAAUAUAUCUUUAUUUUAUUUAGUUUUGAUAAAUGAAAUACUGAAUGGCAUAAAUCACUUAGCUAUAAAGGGGUCUCAAGUUCAAUUUUCAAUCAAGCAGAGUUGUGCUUGCUGAGCUCCUAGGCAGCACAAAAACCUUCUCCCCAUUCCCCCCCCCCACUCCUUUUUUCUCCAUGGCCCGCUGAGCCUGCUAUAGCAUGAAAGAUGCCCUAUACAAAAUUCUUUUUUUUUAAUUCCUAUUUCUUUUUUUAGACUACAAAAUAUUCAUAGUGUGUGUUGGAAGUCAAAUUUGUGAUAGGUUUCAGUGACACCCUUCAUGCAGAUUCCAGAAUUAAACUUCUAAUUAAAAAUUUCUAUGUGAUUCAACUUAAACCUGCAACUAUUUUGCUUUAUAAUCGUUUUGUCAAUGAAUUGUAUGAUUGUACAUAGUAAAUGCCCACAGCGCAUUGUGUUGUGUUGCUUUUCUGUAUGCCACUAUCAAGAUCUGAGACUGUAUAAUUUUUUUUUGAUUCAUCUAAUCAUUAAUUUCUUUGUAUUAAGAUCAUAAAUUUCUUUGAAAUUAAAUCAUACAUUUCUUUGUAUUUAGAAAAAGGCUAUUCUUGUAAGUUUUUUUUGUAUUAAAGCAUUUUUAUCAUUACUAGUAAAAUAUUUAAUAAUUUUAGCUUUAUAUAAUGUACAAUGGAAUGCAACACUUUGUGUAAAAACAUUGUAAAUGAGCAUUCUUGGCCUUACAAUACAGAUUUACUUUGAGCCACUUUAUGUGCUCAGCCUUAUUGUUAUACAGAUUCAGUCAUUAAAUAGUCUCAGCCUUUUAGUUAUACAGAUUCAGUCUUAAACAGUCUCAAAUGUGUACACAUUUUGUUUAAAACCACAAAAUGAAUCAUGACACAUACAUUGAUCUAUAUAGAAUGGAAAACCUUUUAAAACUGUUUUGAUUGAUUCAACAUUAGAAUGUAAAACAACCACAUUUUAUUGUACAGGUUUACACUUUAGUGAUCUUGUUGAUUCAGAGUUUUGUUGUUUUUAUGAGUUACAUCCCCCCCCCCCCCCCCAUUAACAGUGAACAAAUUGAUAUCUUUGGCCCUCCAUUACAAUCUAAGUGGUAGGUAUGUGUGUAUAUUGAUCAUUUAGAGUUUAGGUAUCCAAAAGCAGUUGAAUGAUGAUUCGGAAAUAGACAUUGAUCAAUAUUGGUACCUGGCAUCUUUAGGCCAAACAUUUAUUUUUAUAAGGAUGAAUGUUUCUUGAAAUUUCUACAUAAAUUAGUCUUUUUUUAACCAGAUAAAAGUGCAAAAUCAGAUACAAUUAAUGAGAUAAUUAGAUUUAACAUACAUUUAAAAAUAACUACCGGUAUUUUAUAGAAUUAUUUUACAAAAACUUUCAAAGCUUUAUUAAUAAUUUAGAAGAAUGCUUUGAAAACUAUAUCAAAUAUGGAUAACUCAUACUUCAGAUGUAGUGGAGGGUCAUGUCUUUAAUUUCCAGUGAUUGUUUUAACCAAUAUGUCUCUAAGAUGAUUUUAAAAAUAAGUUGAAGUGCAAUUUCUAUUGACAAAAUUAUUUAAGGAUUUUGUUGACCAACUGCCUCGUGAAUGAAAGAAAUAAUAAUUUACACAGAUUUAUUUAUGCAUAUUUCUCUGUGAUAUUUUAAAACACACAAGCCUAUUUUUUUCUGUCUAUUUAUAUUUAGGUUAUGUCUAUACCUUUUAUAUGGAAAUAUUCAUUGACUAAUUACUUAUGUAUACAUUUGUACCAAUGCUGUAAUAACUAGCUGUACUAAAAUAUGUUUAGUUAUAUUUUCACUUCAUAACUCUUUCUCUCUUAACGAUGAUAUCUUUGUUGAUUUGAUGCCAAUCUUUCAGCCAAAUCGAUGAUAUUAGUCAAUGCUUAAAGUUAACUAUUUUGUUUUAUUUCCUCCCAAAAUGUUUUUAUUUGCUUAAAAUUUUAUCUUGAAUAGUUUCCCUUUGUAAGACAUCCAGACUUUUUUCUUUAGAUUUUUAACUUCUCUGGAGAUGGUGACAUCGGACAAUAAGCUCAAGCCAAUAAUUUUAUAUGUUUUAGAUGCUGUAUCAAAAUGUCUUAUCAAAAUCGGAAUGACUAUAAUAAAAAAUAAUUUAUUUUAAUUUGAAUCAUAAAAUAUUAACAAGAUCUAGUUCUAAUGAAUUUUGCCCACAGUCUGUAAGUUUUAAUUUUUAAAUUCCAUAAUCCAAAAUUAAAUUAAAUAUUGGUUUUAUAAACAUUAAUUUGUUUAUAUAGAAAGGGCAUGCAUUCCCUUUUAUCUUUCUACCAAAUAUAACAUUUUCUGAUAAUAAAUAGAAAAAGUUAUUGAACAGUACUUUAAUCUUAACAGCGUAGUUCAAUACAAAAGUGCAAUGUGAAAAUAAUUACAGAGAGAGUUAAACCAAACUAUUGUACUGAGUUCAAGCAGGUGUUCAGCUAUUGACGUUUGUUGAAUUAUUUGAUGGUUUAGAUUAUUUAAAAGCAAGAACAAAUAUUAAGACUGCUUUGGGUUGAAAGGUAAAGAACUUCUUGAAGUAAUGAUACUUAUGUGCCUGAGCAAGACCAUUCUAUACUUAUGAAAGUAUGGUACUAAAUGUGACCCACUAUUAAGCAUGGAAGCCAGCAAAGAUUUUUUUCUAGUUAAUAUCUGAAAAUUGUGUUAUACAAACAAAAAAAAAGACCCUGAUGUAGUUUUAAUUAAAUUAUAACAAAAACUUAUCUAAAUCUAUUAAAAUUUCUUAGUAAAAUUUUGAUAGAAAUUUAAUUGAAAUGCAUUUUAAUUCAGAUAUUAGCCAUAGCUGUGUACUUGUUUGUUCCAAUUUUUCUCAGAAAUUAUUAACCAUUCUAUUUUUAGAUUUGUUGUCACCAAUUGAAAGUAACUGAAUUAGCUUUCAGACAAUCGUUGAACUCAAUUAUCUAUUUUCAUGACUUUAGGAAAUAGACAGCAUGUUUCUUAAUUGUAAACUUAUUGGUAGGUUUGUAGAUUAUUUCAAAAUUAGUGACAAUAAUGCCUAAUAAUGUACACAAUUUUAUCAAAAUAAAAUGGACAACUGUGGUCUGCAACUUAACAAGUAAUUUAUAAAAACACCUCCUGGUAUAAAUAUAAAUAUUAAACUUAUUUUCUUUUAAAGAUUUAUGAAAACAUAAAAUCCAACUUGAACUCGUUAAGAAAAAUUAGAAAAUUUUGUUCCAAUGUUCAAUGAAUGUUAUUCUGCUCAACUCAUAUUUGCAAUGCUACUGUCAAAAAUUCAAUCUAAUCUAUGUUUACGUCUAUGUCUUUUUGAAACUGUUUCAAUGUGUUGAUUAAAAUAUUAGUUUGCAUAAAAUUUAAUAACAAUCUGGAAAUAAAAUGUGAAAAUUUGUCCAUAUUAUUUUAAAGCACUGAAAUUGAAUUAUCAAAGUAAUGCCAAAAAUGAUGAUGUUUUUUUUAUCCCAGAUAUUUGGCUGAACAUUGCAAUUGAGGUUUUGGUUUUA